AUGGCUAGUGACGACCACGAGGAGAAGCACGCCGCGCACCACGAAAAGCACGACCCGCAUGCUCCCAAGCCCAAGCAGCCCACCGCCGUGCACUAUACGGACGACAUCCAUCCUCCCAGGCCCGGUACCUUCCAACGCGCCGACACCUACGCACCGUCCGUAGCUGGCUCCGAUGACGAUAACAACGGCUCGGAUCAGGACUACGACUGGAGUGGCGAGGAGGACCUCGUAGACGAAGAGGCAAAGUUUGAGCAGGCGAUGGGCACGAAGAAGAAGCAGCGCAGCUGCUGCGCCAAGUUCUUUACUCUGCUGUUCUCCACUCUCAUCGGCUCCACUAUCCUGUCAGGUCUCAUCAUCACCCCAGCGCUCCUUGUCCACUUUUUAUGGUAUAAGAAGGAUCCCACCGACCACCGUCGGUAUGUCAAGGACAACAUCGAGGCCUGGCUUUUUUGGGCUGCCGCCAACGUCUCCAUCUCCUGGGCCCUUGCCCUCAUCGUCGACAUCAUCCCCGUCAUCAUUCGCUCCGUGAUCUCCCUCGCUUGGGGACAUGUUAGCGAGCAUGUCAAGUCGCGCCUGGAGCUUUACAACAGUGUCAAGGGGCCCAUCAAGCCCGUUCUUUACGCCGCGAGUGGUUGGGUCAGUUGGAUUAUUAUCUUCAGCCACAUCUUCAACCUGUUCGACAUGGACGACGGGAGCCAGAGCAGGGCGUCGUACACCCCUCGCGUCUACCAAGCUAUUGAGUUCUUGUUCUUCUUCACCCUUGUUGUCUGUCUUCAGAAGAUCCUGUCCCACUUCAUUGCAUUCUCCUUCCACCGAACUGCCUUCAAGGAACGUCUCGAUGAGGUCACCACGGCGCUCAGAGUCAUUGAGAAACUCAGGAACUACCGCCCCAAGCGUCGCCACGCACACAAGUCUUCCUAUGGACGCAUGACCCCCACCUUCUCGAAUCUUUUGACGCCUGCCCAUGAUAAAGGCGAAUUCUUCUCUCGUUCACGCCCGGCCACCCCUUCGGGCUCGCGUGCCGGUUCUCGCUCUGGAUCUCCGGAUGUCGGUGCUAUGAGCGACGUCGAAGACCGCGACGCUACCCUCGUCGGAAAGAAAGGCAAAAACCGUCUCAGCUGGUUCUCCCAUGAUAAAGGACAUUCUGAGCCCCUCCCUGAGCACCAGGAGUACCCCCUGCCCGAAGGUGCCGCCUCCGAGCACCGCUACCCGCCUUCCCCUCACACUGCCUCUCCUCUCCGUGGACACCACCGUUCGGAAUCCGAUGAAGACGCUGCGGCAGUGGUUCAGCAAGCGGCGACGACGGCUGCGAAGGCCCUUAAGUCGGCUAUGCUCCAUGACGCGCGAGGCAUCAAAGGUGACGGCGACGAGGACACCGAAGGCCUUAUGUGGAAUGUGUCGACCUCGAGCGAGGCGAAGAGGCUCGCACGCUCGAUCUACACAGCCCUCAAGGUCCCGGGUCGCACCUACCUCAUUCCACGCGACUUCGUCCCGGCGUUCGGAAAGCUGGCUGAUGCCGAAGCGGCCUUCAAGGUGUUCGACAAGGAUGGCAAUGGUGACUUAUCGCGCGCGGAGAUCAAGACCACGGUCCUCAAGGUGUACAAGGAGCGACGCUUCCUGAGCCGCUCGAUGCGCGACGUCUCACAGGCCCUGUUGACGCUCAACUCGGUGCUCCUCUUGUUCGCCUUGAUCAUCCUGUUUUUCAUCUCGCUCUCCAUCUUCGGCGUCAACAUCGAGAGCUCGCUUACGAGUUUGUACACUAUCGGUCUUGGUCUCAGUUUUAUCUUCAAGGCAUCCGCGGCGAAUGCAUUCGACGCGAUCAUGUUCUUGUUUGUCACGCACCCUUACGACACCGGUGAUCGCUGCUUCAUCGAUGACGAGAACCUCGUCGUCAAGAAGAUGACGCUGUUCGCUACGAUUUUCACGCGUGCCGAUGGCACUGAGACGUACUACUUCAACAGCCAGCUGUUCAACAAGUUCAUCAUAAACGCACGUCGCAGUGACAAGACUGCGGAGAACUUGACCAUGCAGAUCUCCUGGCGCACACCGAUGGAGAAGCUUGACCAGCUCGAGCGCUGCUUAAACCAGUGGCUUCAGACCGAAGAGAACCGCUGGUUCCAGCCGAGCACGAAUAUUAUGCUCCAGAAAAUCGAGUACCAGCGCUACCUCGAAUGCACGAUUGGUAUCCCGUACAACAGCAACUGGCAGGACUGGGGCAUGCACAACACGCGCAAGACGGCCUUCCAUGCCGCGGUCAACUAUUACUGCCGCCAACUCGGCAUCACGCUCUACAACACCCCGAUCCCGAUUGCGUUCGCGGAUCCAGAGACGGGCGAGUUUGUCGCGCCGGACGUCGUAGACACCGUCGGUGCGGACGAGGAAGUCGAGCGGCCACCAUCGCCUCCGCCUGCACCGCACCAGGGCGCGACCGCGCCGGCGAAGAGGGUCUGGAUGGGCUUCCAGCCGCCGCGCGAGGACGGGAUCCCGAACGGGAUGCGGCCGCGCAAGGCGCGGAGCCGGAAGGCGAUGCUGCGCACCUUCGGCGCGGACGGCUUCUGA